CAGUAGACAGGGCAGGUUUUUUGGUCUCGAGUAGCGGAGAAACAUUUUUUGCACCACCGCGACCAGCCUUAGAGCGCGGCGGCGGCGGCCACGGCAACAUCAGCCCAGCCAUCAGCGGUGCAGACGCCCAGCACCCGGGAGCGCGGCGAGCUUCGGCUCAGCCCGGAGUUCACCUCCGAGUGCCCCGGGGGCUGAGCUCACCCCUUCUGCUCUCUCACACACGAACACUCUCUUUCACACACACAGACCACACACACACACACGUAUACACACUGUCUCGCACACACAUACGAUCCCGGGCGCAAGCACCCUUCUGGCAGCGGUCGUCCGCUGGUGCAAUAGUAGCCAGGUUCGGUUCCUGCCUCCGGCGGCCGCCGGUUUAAAGCACCGCCGCCAGCAGCCGGAGGAGAGCAAUGCGGGGGCCCGAGCGGCAGCUCGAACAGUAAUGUGGAUUUACAGUCAUUUCCCGCAGGAAUCGGCCGAGACGCCCUAAGUCCCGGGCAUUGACAGCGCCCGGCGGAGCUGAGCACCUGGCGAGGGGGCGGGGGAACCGCACCUGGGGACGCAGCCGAAACUUGCGCUUGGAAUAGGAGUUACAAGGGUGACCUUUAUUCCGCUGUCUCCUUUUCGAUUCCCAUAACUUCUGGAUCUAUCAAGAACUGCUUGCAUUAAAGGACUUCCUCAUCCGUUUUUCAUGACACUGAUCUUGCUUAAUCAGAGAUGGAGCAAACUGACUGCAAACCCUACCAGCCUCUAUCAAAAGUAAAGCAUGAAAUGGAUCUAGCUUACACCAGUUCUUCCGAUGAGAGUGAAGAUGGAAGAAAACCAAGACAGUCAUACAACUCCAGGGAAACUCUGCAGGAGUAUAACCAAGAGCUGAGGAUGAAUUACAAUAGUCAGAGCAGAAAGAGGAAAGAAGUAGAAAAACCUACUCAAGAGAUGGAAUUCUGCGAAACCUCUCACACUCUGUGCUCUGGCUACCAAACAGACAUGCACAGCGUUUCCCGGCAUGGCUACCAGCUAGAGAUGGGAUCUGAUGUGGACACAGAGACAGAAGGUGCUGCCUCACCUGACCAUGCACUAAGAAUGUGGAUACGGGGAAUGAAAUCAGAGCAUAGCUCCUGUUUGUCCAGCCGGGCCAACUCUGCAUUGUCCUUGACUGACACUGACCAUGAAAGGAAGUCUGAUGGGGAAAAUGGUUUCAAAUUCUCUCCUGUUUGCUGUGACAUGGAGGCUCAAGCUGGGUCUACUCAAGGCAAGUGUUUUCAAAUAUUUGAUCACAUAUUAUUUUUACUUCACCCCAUCUCUGGCACCUACCCCCAAAAAUGAAACCCUGCUUCUCUGACAAACAACACACAAGGCUGCUCAAGGAAACUGUCAGAGAAUACAGUGGCAGCUUGUUUGUUUUCUUCUUGAACAUUUCAUGUGUAAAUGUUGGUGGUGAAGAGGAGGUGAAGGGGGAGCUAGGGAGAAGGAUAAGACAGGAUUCCAGGCAGGAUAAGAAAACAGUUAUUCAACCUGGGAGGAGAGAUUGAAAUCAGGUUGGGUUGGAUUUGGCUUUAUGACUUUCUACAUAUCUACCAUGCUUUACAUGGCUCUAAUCAUUAACUCCAUAUAUUUUAGGUAUUGUCAUAACUUUCAGAUGCUGUUUAGCAAUUGGCUUUGGUCUCUUCCUCCACCUGUUUAUGCUUGGCUUUAUAAUCACACUUUAUCCACGUCAUCAAACAUAAAUAGUACCUUCAAAUUAAAAAAAUGUUCAUUCUCUUCUGUAUACCUAUAUUUUCACUGUUAUUCCUUAGUAAGGGGGCAUUGGUGUUCUUUUGCUUUUGCCUUCAUUGUGUUCAUUGGGUUUUGCCCCUUUGGAGAGGGAUACUACUGAAAGUAACAUUUAUAAAUUGUUUUCACAACUCGGCCUGUCCUGGGCCCUUCUCUAACACCUCGUAGAAGGGUCUCCACAUUUCGCCACAAGGCAAUGACUCAACAAUGGGAUGGAGCUGAGGUAGAAGAAUGGC